AUGGCUCCUGACAUGCUGUCACAGCUUCUGGACCACCCGUCUCAAUCUCCGCCCCCCGGGGUUACGCCCAACUUUAUCAACCCAGAUUCCAUCGCCUACCAAGUGUACAUUACAGCAGGUGUAUCCAUUCCAUUAAUCCUGGCUUUUCCGCUAUUGAGAGUCAUAUCAAAGAUCCAUUGUCUUAGCGGAGGCGCAUUUGGUCGACAUGCUUGGGAUGUACUUCUAGGUUCAUUUACCAAGCCGCAGCUCGUGCUAGCUCUCCUCGUCGAAAUCACUGGGCCCCUGGCCAUAUGUGCCGUCAAAAUUUCAGUCCUAGUCCUUUACUUGCAUAUCUUCGGAGUCUUAAACUGGAUGCGGAUUUCAUCUAUCGCCAGCAUGAUAUUCAUCGGGGCCUUCCACGUUUCACUAUCUAUUGCUUUUGCCGCUAUGUGCGCGCCUUCACCCUCAUCCGGGCCCUCGCGCCUCAAUUUUCUAACCGCUUUCAUAUCAGAAAGUUGCACGUAUACGCGUAUCCUUGUCGUGUAUCAAGGCGUUGCUAACGUUAUAAUUGACAUCUUCCUUCUUGUUCUUCCACUGCCGGCUAUCUGGACGAUGCAGAUGCCGCUGCGACGCAAAAUCACGACAUCGGCGAUGUUCUCGAUCGGGCUUUGCGCUUGUCUAUCUAGCAUUAUCGGUCUUGUUUACAGAGUACGCUACUACAGUAUUAGCUCAGACAACACAUAUCUUGUUGUUCCUGUAUGGGCGACAUCCAUGGGUGAGAUGACGGCCGGGGUCAUGGUCUGCUGCAUGCCAUCCAUAGCUAUAGUCUUCAAAUUAGUCAGGAGGCCGAUACUGUCCGGGUUGUCAUCGGCAGGACAGCGUCUAACUGGUUCUUCUAUCUUGACCAGCAGUCGGUCGCGAAAAGGAACAGACAUAAAUCCAAACGGCCCUUAUUUUAACCUAGGGUCUGAUAGUUCGCACCAAAUUUGGAUCGAUACCGAGGCCAAUACUUAUUCUCUGCCGCAUUUAAAUUUGGGGAAUGCAGGCAUCGGGAAGAAGAUCGAUUUUGAUGUAUCACAAGCUGCUUAG